AUGGAAAACAAAGGUGAUUUCGAGUAUCCUCAUACUUUUAUACUUCUUGGAGCUUCGGGCGAUCUUGCUAAGAAGAAAAUUUAUCCUACCAUUUGGUACUUGUAUCGCGAUAAUCUUUUACCAAAAAAUACCAGAUUUAUUGGUUAUUCCCGAUCAAAGUUGACUGUAGAAGACAUAAAAGAAAACUCAAAAAAAUAUAUUAAAAUGCGUCCAGGCGACGAAAAUAAACUUGAAGAGUUUUGGGAAGCCAAUUAUUAUAUUCCAGGUUCUUAUGACAAAAGAAGUGAUUAUGAACAUCUUAAUCAACACAUAUCUAAGUAUGAAACGGCCCCCGUGUGCAACAGAAUAUUCUAUUUAGCUGUUCCUCCUAACGUAUUUGAAGAUGUAACUGUUAAUAUCAGAAAUGCUUGCUUAGCAAUCAAAGGAUUCACUCGAGUUAUUAUAGAAAAACCUUUUGGGAGGGAUGCUGAGAGUUCUGAGAAAUUGAACAAUCAUUUAGCUAGUUUAUUUAAAGAAGAACAAAUUUAUAGAAUUGAUCAUUAUCUUGGAAAAGAGAUGGUGCAAAAUUUAUUGACCAUUAGAUUUGCUAAUCAAAUUUUCAGCCCAUCAUGGAAUAGGGAAAAUAUUGCUUCUGUUCUUAUAUCUUUUAAAGAACCUUUUGGUACAGAAGGUAGAGGUGGGUAUUUUGAUAAUUUUGGGAUUAUAAGGGAUGUAAUGCAAAACCACUUACUACAAAUUCUUUCACUUGUUGCUAUGGAAAAGCCAGUAACUUUGAAUCCAAAUGACAUAAGAGAUGAAAAAGUUAAGGUUCUUAGGCAUAUAAAGCCCAUAGAGCUUGAAGAUUUACUGGUAGGACAAUAUGUUGGAAAUCCGAAUGGGCAGGGAGAAGAGAAACUUGGUUACUUGGAAGAUCCUACUGUGCCUCAGAAUUCUAUUACUCCAACUUAUGCAUUAGCUACUAUGUAUAUCAAUAAUACAAGAUGGCAGGGUGUUCCAUUUAUAUUACGUUGUGGAAAAGCUCUCAAUGAACGGAAAGCAGAAGUAAGAGUUCAAUUUAAAGAUGUGCCAGGAGAUAUCUUUGGACAGACAAAGAGAAAUGAAUUGGUAAUCAGAGUUCAACCAGGUGAAGCAUUGUAUUUGAAAUUUAUGUGUAAAUCCCCUGGAAUGAAAUUCGAUUUAAUAGAAACUGAGUUAGACCUUACAUAUAGCCUUCGAUAUAAAGAGACCGAUGUACCUGAUGCAUAUGAAAGAUUAAUACUUGAUGUUUUCACUGGAACUCAAAUGCAUUUUGUUAGAAAUGAUGAACUACAAGAAGCUUGGCGUAUAUUUACACCAAUGUUAAAAAAAUUAGAGGAGCACCAUAUAAAACCUUUGCCUUACAUAUAUGGCUCUCGUGGUCCUUCUGAAGCUGAUACCAUGCUGGCUAAACGUGACUUUAAAUAUUCAGGUUCUUAUAAAUGGCAAAAGCCCUCGGUAUGU